AUGGAUCAAUCAAGAACAUUUACAAAACUCCUACGCGUCCUUCAAUUUCGUAAACAUAUUAAAGAACUCACAAGUGCAUGUAAGCGGAUUAACAAAGAUGGAUGUUAUGAAUUCGCAACAACUAAAACCGAUGCGUUAUCAUUAACGAAUAAGAAAUCAACGAAGUUUAAUAUACUGCGUUCAAAGCAGCGACUAAAUAAAAAUUCAUGUCAUUCAUCAUCUCAAGUGCAACCAAAUAUGGAAUGUAUAACGGUUGAGAAUCAUGAACGACCGUUGGACAAUAUGAGUAGCUACGAACAUCUGUCUCGCGCUACACCCACAUCACCUGCCAAUCUGUCUAUGAUUAUUUCGCAAUCGUAUAAACCGUUACAUGCUAAAUCGACACAAUUUAAUAAGAAUACAAUUGCUGUUACGAAAGGUACACAUGUUAAAGCGCUUUAUGCAAUAUCCAAUUGGGUUUUUAUUGAGAUACCGGACACGGGCGAAACUGGCGUCGUACCGAUGUAUUGCAUUCGUCUAUCGGAUCCGUCUAAUGUUUUAUUUGAAUCACCUUCUCAAAACAAUAUUAGUUUACUUAAUGUAAGUAUCUAUGAGAAACCGCGUCACUCACGUCUAUCGGUUAUAAAUAAUCGAUCAUAUAAUAUGUCAACACCACAAACUGGCCGUUUUAUUUCAUCUAUUGGACCAUGUAAUGUCAAUAAUGAACCACUAAUAUCAACAGGAUCACGUUUGACUAAGACGGCGACAUUUACUCGUCAACAAAUAAAAGAUGAAUCCGUUUUAUCACGACAAAUUUCGAAUGUUUCACUUCAUGCAUAUGAUCAAGAUGCUUAUGGAACAUUGAAUUUGACUCCAAGAAAAAAUCUAUCAUUGAGUGUUUUAGACAAUGAACCAGUGAUUGUUCGAACGAAAAAUCAUCGAUUACGUGUGGUAGAAAAUUAUCAAAGACAGUUUGUUGGUGAUAUUAGUGUACUUGAAUCCGAAGUUGUAACACUAAUUAAUCCAACAGAGUCCAUGGGCGAUUGGCGAUUAGUCAAACGCGGCGAUGGACAACAAGGUUACGUACCUAAACAUAUUGUUGUAUUUGAUACAAAAUUCAGUUAG